AUGAACAAGAAACAACAUAUGGAAAUGGAGACACUCAUAGCCGAUACACCCAACACUCAUAAAAAGAUAAAAGAACUAGCCACGCAGAUGGAGAAAGUCACAGAACUCAUGAAUAGAAAAAUUGUAACUGAAUGGCUGGAGGCGAGAAAGAUGGAGCCAGUGGAGAAAAUGACAAUUGAUGUGGAUACCCAAACGGGAACAGAUAUUCCACAUGAUAGAGGCUUAGGAAAUCACACGAGCGAACUAGAAGACGAAAGAAGAGACAUAAGGACCAGACAAAAAACCCUAGAUAAACUAGAGGAGAAACUAGAAGCAAAACGAAAGACCCUAGAGGAAAGGGAAAGUAGACUAAGGAAACAGGAGUCGGACUUAACUGCUCGAAAAGAAAUCACAAUAUCGACGUGCGCAACAUGCAAUUCGAAAAGGGAGGUAAGGGGAGAGAACAUAUGCCAAUCACUAGAAGGGAUUGAUACCUACGAGAAAUGGCUGGGCAUCGCAAAUAAAGAAUGGGGAGAAGAGCUCUUUCAAAACACAGAAAUAAAGGUAGGAAACCCACUGGAUACAAAAACAUCGACAGUGAAAGUAGUACUAAUAGAACCGACGGACAAAAAGAUGGAGAGGAGCAUACAACACCUAUACAGAGAAAAGUACCCAGAACUCAUGGAAACAACAGAUCAUUUCGCAGUUUUAGAAAUAAGUUCCAGAUGGAAACUCAAACAAAACGAUUCCACAGUUCAGAAAAUCAUCAACCCUUUAGUGCGCACUGUAGCAUAUCUGAUACACCACAUUUAUUAUUCAGCUUUAGCUUUAUAG